UUUGCUUUUCCCAUCUUCCAAUAGCCAUUGCGCACAGUCAGACACUUUCAUUUCUCAAUUCCCUCUCAGUCUCUCUCUUUCUCUCUCUCUCUCUCCAUGAGUGCUUCGCCUUUUCUUUGAGCUUAACUUGGACACAAAGUUACCAUACCAACAAAUGGGUAAGUAUAUGAGGAAGGCCAAAACGGCUGGCGAGGUUGCCGUCAUGGACCUUUCCCUCGGCGUCCGUACACGCGCCCGAACCCUAGCUCUUCAAAAAUCGUCCAUUCCUCCUUCUCCUUCCUCGACUGCCUCCUCUGCCGGCGCUGGUGGCUCCUACCUCCAGCUCAGGAGCCGCCGCCUCGUGAAGUCGCCGAUUUUGGUUAAUGAUUCUGCUAAGCGGGCGAAGCAGGGAACGGCUAAGGAGAAGGAAAACUGUGCUUCAGAGAAUCAAAAUCAGGACCCAAAUUCGAGUAACCCCAAUUCGAGUAAUUCGAAUUCUAGGGCGAGGGUGAGGGUAAGCCAGGCGGACUCUGGGUCAAAUGGGUCUGGGCAAAAGAACGAGAGUAAUAGUAAUGAAAACGUGGGGGUUGGGGUUGAAGAAGAGACCAACAAGGAUUUGGGUGUUGAAGCUUCUUUUGGGGAAAAUGCUUUGGAGAUUGAAGGAAGAGAAAGGGGAACUAGGGAAUCCACUCCAUGCAGUUUGAUAAGGCAACCAGAGGCCAUAAGGACCCCUGGUUCAACUACUAGGCCUAGGCCUACUAGCUCAAUGGAGGGCAGGGUAGUAAGGAAUUCAACCCGGGGACAAAUCCCAACAGCACAUGAAAUGAAUCAGUUCUUUGCGGGUGCAGAAGAAGAGCAACAAAGACAAUUUGUAGAGAAGUACAACUUUGAUCCCGUGAAUGAUAAGCCACUCCCAGGACGUUUUGAAUGGGAGAAGGUCGACCCUUAGAAGACUAAUGUUCUAUCAGGACUUUUUUUCCUGCACAUUCUUGUUGAUCUUGAGCUUAGGAAUAUUGAAGUAGCAGGAAUUAGUUUUAGAUCUAACGUUGAUGGUGUUAUUUCCAUUUUCCAUCAUCCUUAUUUUACCUGUAAAGAAAGUAGGGCUGUCAAAGAUAUGUGUAGACUAAUGGUCUGUAACAUAACAGAGGUUAUGAGUUACACAGCAAAAUACAAACCAAAGUCCUUUGUCUAACAUAUCAUGUGAGAAGAAGAGAAGGGAAAGAGGGUUUUAGGGUUAGGGUUCUGUCAAUUAGGUCAGUCUAGUCUAUCUGGGUACAGAAAUUUACUAGAUCUUUUUCUUUUUUGUACUGUAUUUUCCUCCUCUCCUUUGUCUAUAUACUUGUACUGAUGGAACUUGAAAAAAAAAAAAAAAAAUUUGGAAUAAAUAUGACCCUUUUCUUCCUCUUCUUCUUUGUCUUUUCCACCAUCUUUUAUUAUGCUUGGCACUUGGACACUUGCCAUGUGAUGCAGGCAAUGCAACUUUCAUUAAU